AGUGUGCACUUCACAUUUUGUGGUAAUGUUCACUUCUUUUGAUGGUCCGGAAAGUAGAAGAUCAUACCAAGCUUAUAUCUCCCAGUCAACCAGAGGUUUGAGGUCGUCACUAAAAGAACACGAUGUUUCUUUUUCUAUGCCUCUUUGCCGUUCUCAAGUAGAACAAGUGACUAUUGAAGAUCUUGUAGAGCUUUCAGAAAUGGAGAAGCAUAAUUUGGGCCAGACUCGACACAUGAAUUCCUUCUCUGAUGUUGAUAACACUCCACAGUCUCUGUUGGCUUUCAGCGGAAAUCAGAAUGUACAUGGUUUGUAUGAGAUUUUGUUAAAUUAUAGAUCUUUCUUGACCUUUUUGAAUGCUGUUGAUGUUCCCGUAUUAUAUUCUCCUGCACCAUUUCAACAUGCUGCUCUUUCUGCUCCAGAGGUUAUAUGCAUGGAGAUUAAAAGAGCUGAUCAUGGUACUACUCUUCCCCAAGGAUUCACCUUGAAUGAAGGUCAUCCAAUGCCAAUUUCAUCUGCUGGCCUUUGUUUCAGUGUUGAAAUCAAAGAUUCACAUAUUCCCCCUUGGAUCAUCAGCAACAUAUGUUCUCUAAUGGCAUCUAAAGGACAAAGCUUUGAAGCGAGCUUUACAACGGAGCAUACUUCAGUUGGCUUAAAUGUUGCUCUCGGGGUGGUUUCCCAGAUAGCUGAUAGUGAUGCCACAGUCAGCGAGGACUCGCAAGAAGUAGCCGAUGAAUUUGGUAUUCCUGAAACGAUUAUUUCUCCUUAUUUACAUUCAGGUCUACUGAAGGGCUUGAACUAUUGCAACGGAUCUUAUACAGCGUCCCUCUCACCUGUAUGACAUUUCAUCACUCGUAAUCUCGAGUAAACUAUAUUUUGUUAUUGAUGCUUCGGUAUUGCCUGGUCUGGUUUUGCUGAUUACAAUGGUGAAGUAACAGUUAUUGGAGUUAAGAAGAAAUAGCCUGGACUCUGGGAACUUUGCUUUUGGGUUUACCGAAGGGCCUGAACUACCGGAACAGGUACUGUUCAUAUACUGCGACCUGCUCUAUCUAACCUGUAAUGAGGCUUAAAUACGCAGGAUGAUAUGUAGAGAGAGCUACAUUUUGUUACUGAUGCUUGAGUUCCUUGAUUGUAGCUUGCACUUUGUAUAUUCUG